AAAAAAGCUGGCGAUGCGGACGCCAAAAUGGCAGUCAAAGCAGCAACGAGCAAAUCGAGAGAGGAAUCGAUCACAUGGGGUUACUGGCCUCGUGCUGCUGGCUGGCUGUUUGGCUGGCCUGGCUCGGUUAUCGGCCAGAGGCACGUGCCGCGCAGUCGACGACAAAUGCCUCAUCACAUUCCGCACGACUAUGCGCAUAGUUCACAGGAGUUCAACGUGUGUGGACCACCGAAUCUGAAGGCAAAUCUGCACGGAAAUCUUCAAGAGGCGUUGAGUGGAUACGGUCGAGCUGGCACCAGCAGUCUUUCUAUCGAACUGUUUAUCUGGUUUGGUCUGCUUCAACACACAUUCGGUUUUUGGACGGUUGAACACCGAGUACAUCUGCCGAUUCCAGCAUUCUUCGCAACACACUAGCAAAACAAAAAAAAAAAUGGCCAGUCAACCGCGACGUCAAGGUUAGCUUAAACUUUACGUUAAAGACCACUAGCGAUGAGCUUUCAUCUCUCCAUCAUGGCUCGUAGAUCCCUUGUAUUUGGAUUGAACCUUACUAAUAAUCAGACACUAAUUUGUGCUCAAGCAAAACGCCCACGUCUUAAUUGAGUUGCAAAAAGCGCUUUUU